AUGAGAAUGAUAAGAGAUGGGAAAGACCAGGAAUACAAAAAGGGUUUAUGGACAGUGGAAGAAGACAAGAUCCUCAUGGACUAUGUCCGAACUCACGGCCAAGGCCACUGGAACCGCAUCGCCAAGAAGACGGGGCUCAAGAGAUGUGGGAAAAGCUGUCGAUUAAGAUGGAUGAACUACUUAAGCCCUAGUGUAAAUAGAGGCAAUUUCACUGAUCAAGAAGAGGAUCUCAUCAUCAGACUCCACAAGCUCCUCGGCAACAGAUGGUCGUUGAUAGCGAAAAGAGUACCAGGAAGAACAGACAACCAAGUGAAGAAUUAUUGGAACACUCAUCUUAGCAAGAAACUCGGCCUUGGAGAUCAUUCAGCUGCGGCCAAACCGGCUUGCGACCUAGAAACUCCACCGUCUCUGGUCAUCACAACAACUACACCUUCACCACCGUCUUUGGUGGUCACAACAACCACAACUUCUUCCUCUCAUCAAGAUAUAGGUGCCGAAAAAGUUUCAACUUUAAGAUUUGAUGACGAUUCCAAACUCAAAACAAAAUCCAAACCGGUCUAUUCAAUGCAACCGGAUGUUGAAGUUGCAGCUACGGUUCCAAAUCUGUUCGACACUUUUUGGGUCCUUGAAGACAACUUCGAGCUUAGUUCACUCACUAUGAUGGAUUUUGCAAAUGGGUAUUGCCUAUGA